AUGGCAGUUGUGCGCAAUGUCCGAUUGUACAUGCGCGCAAUGCUUCAGCCUGGAAUCGACGAGAAGUUUAAUUAUGAAAACACUGUGAAAUUGGGACCGCGUUACACGAAUUUGCACUGCAUCGGCGAAGGAUCAUACGGUAUGGUUGUUUCCGCUGUCGACACCCUUAAGCGUGAUCGGGACAAUGCCAGAGUGGCAAUAAAAAAGAUUUCUACCUUGGAACACCCGAUCAAGUGCCAGCGGACACUGCGGGAAAUUAAAAUUCUUAACCGUCUCAAACAUGAGAACAUCAUCGACAUUAAAGACAUUAUACCCGGUCCCACGAUGGACCAGAUGCAGGAAGUGUACAUUGUUCAGACACUGAUGGAGACCGAUCUGGAAAAAUUACUGAAAACAGGCCGUCUUCGGCAGGAUUACAUUUCCGCUCUUUUAUAUCAGACCCUGCGCGGGCUGAAAUAUAUUCAUUCGGCUAAUGUAUUGCACCGCGAUUUGAAGCCGAGCAAUCUUCUGUUGAAUGUGAAAGCGUGCGAUCUGAAGAUUUGUGAUUUUGGUUGGGCUCGGGUGGAUCCCACACUCGAGCGUGGCGGCGUUUUGACAGAGUAUGUUGGGGCCAGAUGGUACAGAGCGCCGGAAACGAUGUUGAAUUCUCGAGGUUACACCAAAGCGAUUGACAUCUGGUCAGUGGGAUGCAUUUUUGCGGAAAUGAUAUCCAGUCGCCCAAUUUUUCCUGGAAAGCAUUAUCUGGACCAGCUCAACCACAUACUGAACACAAUCGGUACUCCUUCCGCAGAAGAUCUGGACACUAUCCAUAACGAUCGAGCUCGAUCGUAUAUCAGAAGUCUGCCACCAAGAAGGCGACAAGCGUGGACCAAGCUUUACCCUAACGCCGCCUCUACAGGUGUAUCAACCGCUGCCUGCCCCAUCAUUGCCAUCGGAAUAUCAGCCGUUGCCUCUCGCACCAUCACCGUCGCCAGAUCAACCGCUGCCUCUCCCACCAUCACCAUUACCUUCGGCAUAUGA